CGCUGGAGAGAAGAGAGUUGAAAUCGUUUAUUUUAUUUUAUUUAAUUUAUUUUUAUAGCCAAUGCAGCGUUUUAUUGUUGUGCGAAACUAUCGGGAAGAUGACGAGCUUAAAUGCCAAGAAUUGGUGCGAGAUUACAUAAUGUCUUUCUCAAACAAGUCAUUUUUUGUGUUUUGUUUUCGAGAGAUCACAUUGCAGUUCAUAGUCAUUACAUGGGCAGUUUUUUUCAUAUUCCUGGGUGUGCCUCUGCUUUUCUGUGCCCUCACGGUUCCCGGCUGCAUAUUUUUUCUCUUCACCGGCACCUAUUUUUCUUUCUACGCCAAAGCAGUGGAGCUCAUGAGGACAAAGCCUUCCCAGUCGUUGGUGGCCGAGUGUUAUGAGCCCUUCAUAUUCCGCUGCUCUCCCAAGGAGGCCAGUUACCAAAUAUUUAUAGAAAAUUGUCCUUAUGACGAGGCAUAUAAAAACAAAUUCAGAAAAAGAAUUGUAGCCGCAAUUAGUGUGAAAAACCAUCAUGCUGUCUACAACGCAGCCUGGAUCUAUCGUUUUGGCAUAGCCCAGGACUAUCCACACCAAAAGAUUAUGGAGCCCAUGGUCAAGCUAGUGGCAAAGAACUGUGAGAGUGGGGGCUAUGCCUCGCUUGAAGCCACCAUAUCCGAGUGGCAGGAGAGCGAGCGUGACUUCUACGACGAUUUUGGAUUUGUUACGCGGCAGAUCUACCACAAGAAGAUUAUCGGCAGCAGUCUUACGGUAAUGAAAACGCAGUUAACCUUCAGUCUGCGCAACGAUGAGGCUCUGCACAAGCAAAACUAGGCCAAGACGAAUGGUGCAAUAUUGAAAUCUCCAUGUUCUGUGAAAUCUAGUUUAAUAGUAAUGUACUUUAUCUGUGAAUCUAACAUUCCAGUCACGUAUUGCGUCCCAAACUCAAAUCACACCGAAUUCAAACCUAGAUGGUGCUUCUCAGAAAUGAAAUGAUACCAUAUGAGUACGUUUGAGUAAGUUAAGUAAAAGUUAUAAGCACAUUUUCUUAAUCUUGAGUAUCUCCCCAAAACACCAUCUGUGCAAAUUGCCUUUUUGUUGAUUGCCUUCCUUAAUGUUAAAUUAAUUGUAACACAAAAUGACACGUUGAAACAGCUUUGUCCUGAUUUAUUAUCUCUGGUUUAUUCUUUGACAUAUUCUAUUUAAAUAAAUAAAAUAUUUAGUAAUAAA